GGAAUAGCAUCAAUAUGGCUCAACCAAAACCUCUAGAAUCUGCUACGAGUACGCAAGGCAGGGAUCUUGUAGGUUCAGAAACUGCAAAUUUCUCCAUGUCGCGGACAAGUCGAACAAGCCCAAAGGCAGACCGGCCAAGACCUCGAUUGGCGAACGAAAGAGAUCGAACCUCGAGACAGACCGUGGCUCCAGCAACGAUGUGAUGGCUUGGAAACGUCAAGCACCCCAAAGUCAAUUCAUCCGCCCGUUGGGAGCCGCACUCGGAAGGUUUUUCGCCCAGGGAAGGAGCCUGAUCGAUGUGGACGAUAGCACGUUGCAAGAAGUGGUUCAAUGUCUUUCCAAGGAGGGUGGGCUGAAAAGAAUCCAGGAACUCAUCCAGCGUGACUAUCUCCCCAUGUCUGAUUCUGCAAAGCUGGCUCUCUUCCUGGAACAGGUUCUCCCGUUCGUCGAGAUCAUCACUGCACCCAAAGUGCUCGCCUCUCUCAUCCUUGAACAGUCAGUCGGAACGAUCUACAACUGUAUAUUUGGACUGGCCGGUCGACGGGCGACGCCAUUCCUAAACUUUCUAGCAGACGUUGUUCAACGAGAGGCAGAUAGUCAGGAGGAUGCUGCCGCCCUACAUCUAGAAUCCUGUCUUCAGGUGUUUACUCAGGUCCUUCAGCUGAACUCGACUGCUUUUAUCCAUGAGCCUAUCAUUGCUAUCGCGAAGAGAUUCCGGGACAUCUUCACGAUACUCAAUGCCUCGGUGGACAGUGGACUUCUCGAAGGAUCCCACAAUUGUCUCGAACGCCUGCAACGCUACCUUGAUAUCGGCCUGUCUCUACCGUCCCUCAAUAAUAGAGGCUCAAGCAAGGGACCUGUCUCCCAAGUUCCAGUCCAGUUUGUCACGCAGAAAGAACCGCCUGGCGGCCGUCACGACAACGACCACCCUGAUAUCUGCAGGAUUCGGAUCAUGCCUACUUCCGAGGAAAUUCUGUCCACGCGCUCCGAAUACCUCCCUGUGACAGACCCGCGGGAGUGGCAUGUCCAGGGCCUCUCGGGUCUUUUGGAUAGGAAUUUUCGACUAUUGAGAGAAGAUUCCGUUGGACAGCUCCGCGAUGCAAUCCAUACCGAGCUCCAACCUCAGGCCCGAAGAGAAAAGAACCAGAUGAGGACACACGUCUACUCUAAGGCAAGAGUGCAGGGCUUCGAAUUUGACCGCUUGACUGGGCUCCAGAUUAUCCUUCGGUUUCCCCAGCCAGCAAAUCUAAAGGAUACAGGGAAAAAGAAACGGCAAGAGUGGUGGGAAUUGUCGAAAAGGCUUCAACCCACUGCUUUGGUCUGCCUUGCAGAUCGACGAGGAUUCGCGAUAUUUUGCACCAUCUCCCAGCCAAAACGACAGCGACAAGGACGAGAGAGCGAGAAAGAGAGGCCCCAAAAGUUUUCUGGCUCGCUUUGGGAUGACGCGGCCUUCUCGUUCGUCGUCCUGGAGCUGGUCGAACCAACAGAGGCUAAUCGCCAGUACAUCUUGGACUGUCACCAACCCAACAACGACUCGCCAACCAUGUCUCUGGUGGAAUUUCCCGGCAUUCUCCUGCCGUCAUUCCAGCCGACGCUACAGGCUCUCCAGAAUAUGCAGAAAGCGGCGGACCUUCCCAUGUCGGAGUUUCUUGCUCCUUCUGAUUCUCUGUCUGGCUCGAUGGAUGUGCCCCCGCCUGCAUACGCGAAUAAGCGCGGGUUCACAUUUGACCUACGGUGUCUCAUGGAUGAUGGCUCCAGUCUCGAAGUGAGUCCUUCGCAACCGGCCGACAUGGAUAGGCUUCGACAACACUCAACUCUCGACGAUGCUCAAGCGCAGGCUCUAGUCCACACUCUUCAGCGGCGGAUAGGGUUGAUUCAAGGUCCACCAGGAACAGGCAAAAGUUACACGGGUGUAGCCCUCAUCAAGGUUCUUCUGGCGAACAAGAAAAAAGUGAAUCUCGGGCCGAUUGUCUGUGUAUGCUACACCAAUCAUGCUCUAGAUCAGCUGCUGGAGGACCUGCUAGAAAGCAAAAUCACCUCCCAAAUAAUACGCAUCGGCUCCCAGUCAAAGUCAGAGACAUUAAAGUCACUUAAUCUUCGGGAAGCUUCCCAGAAGGUCCAGAAGACAAGGCUGGAAAAGACUGAGCAAUGGCAACUGCAUCACGAACUGGAAGAGCAUGAGGAGGAAUGGGCUUCGCUCCGAUUAAACGCAGCGGGCUCUCACUCCGCUGUGAGACACUAUCUGAGACGCUUUAAUACAAGGCGCUAUAAAGAGUUCUUCGAAGAAGAUGAGGAGGGGUUUGAGAAAGCCAUUGGGAAUGAUCCUCACAAGAUCUUUACAUCUUGGUUGAACGGCGGUAAAACCAAGGGAGUAAGUGUCCAUUCUUUGGAAGAAUUGCACCAGCUCCGCAUCGAUGAGAUGAAUGCACCAGAACGUCGGAUUCUCUAUGAUCAUUGGGCGGAGGAGAUCAGGAAAGCUGCCCAUACUCGAACUCACGCAAUCUUGGCCUCCCAACAGCAAGCAAAAGCAUCCUUGGAUCGAGUCCGAAACGAACUGGAUCUGCGAUGCCUGCGACAAGCCGAUGUCAUUGGAGUGACAACAACCGGCCUGGCGCGCAAUUUGAAUAUGCUGCGUGGGCUACAAUCGAAGGUGCUCUUAUGUGAGGAGGCAGGAGAGGUCCUUGAAGCCCACUUGCUCACAUCGCUGCUGCCAUCCGUUGAGCAUUUCAUACUAAUCGGGGAUCACCAGCAGCUCCGGCCGCAGAUCCAGAAUUAUGAGCUUUCUCGUGAGAGCAAGGCUGGCAAGCAGUAUUCGUUGGAUUGUUCCUUGUUCGAGAGACUUGUCGAGCCUCAAAACGAGAUUGGGGUGAAGAUCCCGUUUUGCACCCUUGAAACGCAGCGAAGGAUGCAUCCAUCGAUCGCGCAACUGGUCCGAGAAACUCUGUAUCCUCGACUGCAGGAUGCCCCCUCGGUCUCUGAAUACCCAGAGGUCAUGGGAGUGCGAAGACGGCUCUUUUGGCUUGAUCAUCGCAAGCCGGAAGGUGGUACUUCGGGUCAAGAUCCGACGGCCACUUCCCACUGGAACGACCAUGAAAUCGAGGUGACUCACGCGCUGGUUAAUCAUCUUAUUCGCCAGGGAACCUACAAAACGGGCGAAAUUGCUGUUCUGACACCGUAUCUGGGCCAGCUUCAUCGCUUGAGGAGAAAACUAGGCGAGUCGUUUGCCAUCACCGUCGGGGAGAGAGAUCAGGAUGCGCUUGACCAGACGGGCUUUACGGAUGAGGAGAAACCAUUAGCAAGGGCAGUGCCUACGAAAUCUACUCUUCUUCAGACCCUGCGGGUGGCAACUAUCGACAACUUCCAAGGAGAGGAGGCAAAGGUGGUGGUGAUAUCACUCGUUCGCAGCAACAGUCAAAAUCGGUGCGGCUUUCUCCGGACUCCCAACCGCAUCAAUGUCCUGCUGUCGCGCGCAAAACAUGGAAUGUACAUCAUUGGUAACUCGGAGACGUCACGAGGCGUGGAGAUGUGGGCUAAGGUGCUCGAUAUUCUCGAUCGGGAUGGCAAUUUCGGACAGCGGCUUGAGCUUCAAUGUCCCCGCCACCCUGCUACUGUCAUCACCGUGGCCGAACCAGAGGACUUUCUCCAGUUCUCUCCCGAGGGAGGCUGCAAUUUACAAUGCGGUAAGCGCUUGUCAUGUGGCCAUCCCUGCAAGCAGAAAUGCCAUGCAGAAAUGCUCCAUCAAUCAGUUCACUGUCUUGAACCCUGCUCGCGGCUGCAAAAGGGAUGCUCUCAUCCUUGCCCUAAGGUCUGUGGAGAUAUCUGUCCCACAAAAUGCAUGACUGUGGUAGUAGAUCAUGCCCGAGUUCUGCCUUGUGGGCAUUCGAUGCCGAGCCUUCAUUGCUGGCAGGCUCAAGACCUCAGCACUGUCAAAUGCCCCGUCCUCGUCAAAAAGAAGGUGCCACACUGCGACCAUGAGAUUACUAUUGCCUGCCACAUUGAUGUCGCCCAGCCAGACUAUGAGUGCAGGCAGAGAUGCCGACAAUCCCUGCCAUGCGGCCAUAAUUGCAAACGCCGGUGCUCAGAGUGCAUUAUACGUGAACCAGAAGGAGUUCGUUUCGACCAUGGCCAAUGCAAACAAAAGUGCGGCCGACAGUAUCACACGUGCGCUCAUACAUGCAUCACAGAGUGCCAUGGGGAGAUACCCUGCCCGCCAUGUACAGCCCCGUGUGAUGUCCAGUGCGGUCACUCGCGAUGCCCCCGGAAAUGCUCCCAGCCAUGUGCGCCCUGCGCCGUGCCCAAGUGUCUGUCGGAAUGCCCCCAUAGUGCCUGUUCCAUGCCGUGCGCAGCGCCAUGCGAUCAUAUACCAUGCUCGCGGCGGUGCGAGAAGAACCUCCCCUGCGGUCAUCGAUGCCCGUCUGUCUGCGGGGAGUUGUGUCCUACUGACCGAUUCUGUCAGUUGUGUGCUGCAGACGACAUUAAGGAAACCCCAGUUGACUUUAUCUUGGGCCAAUUGUACAAGGAGGUUGACCUGGAUGAAAACCCGUGCAUCUUCCCACCGUGCGGUCAUUUCCUGACCAUGGAAAGUAUGGAUGCUCAGAUGGACCUUGGGAAGCAUUACACUCUCGAUCAACAGGGGAAGCCGGCCUCCAUUGCGUCGGCAUCGGAGCCCUUUUCGAUUGGAGACAUCCGGAACUGCGCUACCUGCCGCGGCUCACUUAGAGGCAUCUCACGAUAUGGCCGGCUGGUGAGGCGUGCGUGGAUCGAUGAGGCUACCAAAAAGUUCAUUUUGUACAUCAACCAGCAAUACGUCCCGAUGGCCCAGGACCUGCCUCGACUACUGACCCGUCUGCAAGAAAAUGAGAAGACGAUAUCAACCAGAGUCUUCCAAGACCAAGCCAAUAUCCGCAUCGAGGGCCCCCGAGACCACCAAGUCAAACUGAUGAACAGCCAUAUACGCAAACACGACAAGGAAAGGUGGAAGGGAUUGAUCGAACUACGCGGGCGGAUCGUGGAAUACGCCAGCAAGGUCAAGGAGGAGGAACAGCCGUUCCAUCAAGUGUACAGCCUCGUGGAAGAUGCACGCCGACGCAAGAGAGGAGCCGGACGGUUCGAGUUUGACGACAACGUGCUCCAGACUAAAGGGUAUCUACAAGCUUCUGGGCUAUUACUUCGUCUCGACACAGCUCUGCUCGGCGACUUCCUUGCUCUCCACCGACGCGUUCCCGCCGGGCUGAACCAGACAGAUCUCCAAGUCAACCUGCAGGCCAACCUGAAGGACAGCGAGGUGCUCAUCGAGCUAGCGACACGCUCCCGGCGGGUUCUCCAACAGGUCGAAGGACACCUGUUCCGGGCUCAGCUGUGCGCGCUUGAGAUGGAAAACAGGACCCCAAACUCAGAAGCGGAUGCCCGUGCAAAGCUCCUUGAUCAAGCCAAUUCCGCCGUCGACGCCGCCGAGAGACUCUGCGCCUGCCAUCCAGGCCAGACCCAGGGCCUCGCCGCCGAGAUUGAGGGGACGAGAGCCAUGCUACGCGGCGCAACCUUCUACACACCCGUCACCAACGAGGAGCGCAUGGCCGUCGUGGCUGCCAUGGCCCGCGAGUUCCGGGGCACGGGACACUGGUACUACUGCCAGAACGGCCAUCCCUUUACGAUCGGAGAGUGCGGCGGCGCGAUGCAGCUGUCGAGGUGCCCCGAGUGCGGGGCUCAGGUUGGUGGGGAGCAUCAUCGGACAGUCGAUGGUGUCCGACGGGCAGAGGAUUUGGAGGCAGGUCUUCGCGAGCUGAACAUUUAGCAGGACAGCCUGGUAGUGUAGUGGUGUGAUACUUGACAGCCUGAAGCAGGCUGCGAAUGGCCCCGACUGUUCUUACCAGGCAUUACGAGGCUUGUUACAAGGAGUAAUUGAAGACAUAGAACCACUGUUUGCACUAGCUGGAAAGAUUAAGGUACAUGGCAUCAUGAAAUCAAGAAAUAAAAAUCAGUCCAAUACGACAGUGAGGCGAUGUUGGGUGGGAAAACCCUCAGCUCAGCCCUCUCAGGCCCUCUCAGGCCCAUGGUAGCCAGUAGUAUUCUUCAACUAUACAAAAGUAUAUACUGUCUGCCCAAAGCG